AUGCGGCGGCCGAGCGCGGCGCCCAAGGGCUUCCUCCCCAAGGAGCCGAGCGACGACGGCUCCACGGCCCCGCGGACGCGCGAGAUCUUCCGCCACAAGAAGGUGCCGGCUGACGCGGACUACGUCGUCGUCGGCUCGGGCGUCUCGGGCCUCUACCUCGCCGCGCUGCUGAGCCGCUGCGGCUACGUCGUCGUCGUGCUCGAGCAGCACUACCUCGCCGGGGGGUGCAUGCACGAGUUCGCCGACGGCGGCUUCACGUUCGACACGGGCGUGCACUACGUCGGCCGCGCGGAGAAGUACGGCAAGCUCAUGGACAUGGUGUCGCUGCCGCGGCGGCGCGUCGCCUGGGCGCGCCUCGGAUCCGAAUGCGACGGCUUCGCCUACGACUGCCUGCGCGUCGGCGACCUGCCGCCCCACGCGCUGCGCGCGGGCGAGGACCGCUUCGUCGCGGAUUUGGCGAAGCGCUGGCCCGCGUACGAGGGCCGCAUCCGGCGCUACGUGGCGCUGUGCAAGACGUCGAACAAGGAGGCGGAUAACUACUUCUUCGGCAAGCUGUUCCCCAGAUUCAUCCAGAAGCUCGUCGCUCCGAGGCUCUGCCGCAAGUUCUACGGCUUCGCGAGCGCGACGGUCGACGAGGUCAUCCGCGGCGACUGCGGCAUCGACGACGACGAUUUGGUGGCCACGCUGACGGGCUACGCGGGCAACUACGGCCUCGCGCCCUCGGAGGCGUCGUUCUUCGUCCACGCGGGCGUCGCGUCGCACUACAUGGGCGGCGCCUACGUGCCAGUUGGUGGGCCCCAGGCCAUCGCGGACGCGCUCGUCGCCACGGUGAACGCCUACGGCGGCAGGGUCCUCAUGCGCGCGGCCGUCGAGCGCGUCGUUCUGAGCGACGCCGGCCGCGCCGUCGGCGUGCAGCUCGAGGACGACGACAAGGUCAUUCUCGCGAAGCGCGGCGUCGUCUCCGCGGCCGGGUGCCUCCAGACGCUGAAGCUGCUGCCCGACGCGGCGCGGCGCGAGGUCGAGUGGGCCGACGCCAUUCUGAACCCCGCCUCCGAGGACUUCGUCGAGCAGGGCAUUUCCCAUCUCUCGCUCUUCGUGGGCUUCGACACGACGGCCGCGGAGCUGGACCUGCCGUCGCAGAACCAGUGGUGCGUCUCCGGGAGCGGCGAGACGGCGAAGGCGUGGCGCGCGCUGCCGGACGGCGCGGCCGCGGCCGCGCGCGGCGACCUCGGCACCUACUUCGUCGGGUUCCCGUCGGCCAAGGACCCGUCGGCGCGCGCCUCGAAGCCCGCGACGUGCUCGAUCAUCUCCGAGACGAACGAGGCGUGGUGGCGCCCGUGGGCCGACUCGCCGGCGCACAAGCGGCCCGAGGCCUACGACGCCCUGAAGAAGGCCUUCGAAGAGCGCAUGCUCGCGAAGCUCUACGAGCUCUUCCCCCAGUGCGAGGGCCGCGUCGUCUUCUCGAAGCUGGGCACGUCGCUCACGAACGACCACUACCUCAAGCGCGCCGCGUCCUACGGCCUCGCGCCGACGACGAAGCGCUACGCGUCGCCGAAGAUGGCCGCGAUCCGCCCCGAGGUCGCGGAGAUCCCCGGUUUGUUCAUCACGGGCCAGGAUGUGACCACGGCCGGCUGGGCCGGAGCCCUCAUGUCGGGCGUCAUGACGGCCAUGGCCAUCCUCGGCUACGGCUUCCUCGACCUCGCCGUCUUCAACCGGGACCUCGUCACGGACCUCCUGCGCGUCACCGACGCCGCCGAACGGACGGACAAGAAGACGAACUAG